AUGUUUUCAAAAUGGGUUCCGAUUGUGCUAACAGUAUCACAGGUAUUCCUCGCUGGCGCUUUACCUGCUCCUCGUUUCGACGGCCCGCCAGGAAAUCCGGAUCCCGCCUGCGAUGAUCAAUUCCAGGGUCCCUCCGGUGACGACUUACUAACAUCCUCAUUGCCCUCUCUCGGCGUCGAUACAGCUUUCUUUACACGCAGGCCCCUUCGUUCCACCUCAUAUCCAGAUGGCAAUCCCUUCUCAGACUCUUCUGCAACAUGGAAUAUUCAACCCAGCUCACCGGUAUCAGACAGAGUGGCUCCAGCCUCGUCAACAUGGGGCACAGCUGCCGAUUUCAACGGGAAUUCGGGUGGCCCCCAGAACUGGAACAGUGAAAUAGUAGAUGACGGAGGUGCCUCACAAUCGCAAAUCUACAGGUCCGCCAUUACUUUCGUCGAUCCGCACCUCAGCAUCCAAAUCGUCACGGUCACAGCCAUCCCUUCUUCGCAGAGCCCGACAGUGACUUCAGCCAGUCAGAGUGUGCCAGAUACAUCAGGGGUGCUGAUAACUACUCUCGAGACUGGCGGAAAUCCUCCUGUCCAGCCAUUCCCAACAAGCGUCCCCACGGUAUCGUCAGCCACCUUGCAACCUCUGGACAGUAGAGUCCCCUUCGGAAAGGCAACGGCGACCAGGCUACCGAGCAGAGUAACCGAAACCAUCACAGUGCCUCUCGCUACAUUCGAGACCGUGAUAGUACCACAAACUGUGACUACUGUUCCUGUCGAGACCACCGCUGUUAUCACCUCUAUUACCAUCCUGAACACGACCAUCGCUUCUAACGGACGUGCUGUGUCGGCAUCUUCUGCUGAUACCACGGUCUUCACGACCACAGGGACGGUGUUAGCUGAAACCACUCUGUCAGCGUCUUCAACCAUCGCUAGGACAGCGGCGACAACUCUGACAACGGCAGGCUCUGUCUGGGACCUUCCCAUUUCCGCUCCAACUUGUUUGCCGGGUAUGGACUGUAAUGGCCAAGACGUAUUUCAGCCGGUUGCACUUGGUCAACCUCCGACCAAUAUACAACGACGAAGUGGCCAUCCUGUUCCUCGACUAGGGAUCAACAACGUCACUGACCCCAUUGAGACCAACAAAUUUUAUCAAAAUUUCGUCCUGGGCUCUCAGGGUUCUCCGAGUUUUGUGAUGCCAUACUCGCUGAUGUGGAGCAAAGGACACGGCAAUGCCCAAAGUUGGGGCAUGGCCAUAUCUCACCUUGGGGAGAGUCAGAAAGUGUAUGGUCCGCCCAACACUGUCAUACCAAACUCUCCCGUCUCCUAUUACAUCAAUCCGUUGGGAAUUCAGUCGAUCAUAUUAUCCGCGGCAGAGUUUGGUGCCAAUACUGUUCUCACAUCGGACUCCUUAUUGGAAUUUUCUGCCAAUAUUCAUCUUCAACCUGGAGCCGAUUCAUCUUCGGUGCUGACAAUGCCAUUGGUUCAGGGCAUGGGGUUUGUCACGGGCCAGUAUGUCGAUCUCCAACCGGCCUUACAAAGCAGCGUCUUCUUCAGAAACGUUGUAUCCGCUGGGGAGCCGAAACCUGGUGUCUUCAAGUACAGGGUGACGUUGGAGGAUGGAAAAGUUUGGCUUAUCUAUGCCAUCCCGACCAACGGCGUAUCUCCAAACUUUCAGCUCAUCUCGAGCACGUUGCUCCAAGGUCUUUCAAAUUGGUACGGUGACAUCCAAAUUGCCAAACUUCCCGAUGAAAGUCUGGAGUCCAUCUAUGACAAUGCUGCUGGCACAUACCCUACGGCUGGAACCAUUGGUGGAUAUGCACAAGACGCCAAAGCUCAAUACAGUCUAUCCUGGGCCAAAGGGGGCGUAUAUUCGAACAAUACCACCCUACUCAUGUUCGCCUUACCUCACCACGUUCAGUCAUUUGACUCCAUCACUCAAGCAAAUGUCACAGAUCUGCAACUGGCCACAACUACUAAGGGCAAUGCUACGGCAGUCGCAGCAGAUUACUGGGUAUUAGAAGAGAACGACCUUCCCACGUCACUUGGUUUCGCACCUUGGCGGCCGGCAGGUUCUCAGAGCACGAUAGCUCUUUCAUCAGCCGCGCUUACUGCUAUUCAGAAUAUCUCCGCCACCGAGGCUUCUCAAAACAUGUCGGCUCAGACCAAUCUCAACAGCAUGUACUACAGUGGAAAAGCCCUCAGCAAGUUCGCCACACUCGUCUAUACCAUGCACGACCUCGCCAAUCAGCGAGACCUGGCCAAAUCUGCCCUGCUUGAACUUGAAAGCUGCUUCCAGGUUUUCUCCAACAACCAACAACAGUAUCCCUUGAUUUACGAUACAGACUGGAAGGGUCUGGUGUCGUCGGCAAGCUACGUCACCGGUGAUCCCGGGGUUGACUUUGGCAACUCUUACUACAAUGAUCAUCAUUUCCAUUACGGCUACUUCCUCCACGCUGCAGCAAUAAUUGGUUAUCUCGACCCUCCUUGGCUCGAUCAGAACAAAGAGUAUGUCAAUGCUUUGGUUCGGGAUGUCUCGAAUCCUAGUCCACUGGACCAAUAUUUUCCGGUAUUCAGAUCAUUCGACUGGUAUCAUGGCCACUCAUGGGCGAAAGGACUUUUCGAGUCUAGUGACGGCAAGGAUGAAGAGUCUUCUUCCGAGGAUGCCAUGUUUGCUUACGGCCUGAAGAUGUGGGGCAAAACUAUCGGUGAUGCUUCCAUGGAGGCUCGUGGCAACUUGAUGCUAUCUGUCCUUGCACGCAGUCUCCAGAACUAUUUCCUUAUGACAUCCGACAACGCCAAUCAACCAGCAACUUUCAUCGGAAACAAAGUGACAGGCAUUUUAUUCGAAAAUAAGGCGGACCAUGUCACCUACUUUGGCACUGAUCUUAGUUAUGUUCAAGGCAUUCACAUGAUUCCGGUUAUGCCUUUCUCGACCCUGACAAGAACGGAACAAUUCGUGGCAGAGGAAUGGACGGCCUAUUUUGCCGAUGGCGCUGCAAGACAAGCUUCGGACAUUGAAGGAGGUUGGAAAGGUAUCGUAUAUGCAAAUCUGGCCAAUAUUAACCCCACAGCAGCAUACAACUUUUUCACCCAGCCAAAUUUUAAUAUGAGCUGGAUCGAUGGUGGAGCUUCUUUGACGUGGUACAUCGCGCUGAGUGCCAUGCUCGGGGGAGCUCCAUGA